AUGAAGAUCUCUCAGGGUUUCGUUUGGCUCAACAUUGUCGGGAUGACCAGAGUUGCAUGGGCCGCGGAUAAGGGCGUCCGUGGGCUGCAAGGCCAGGGCCAAGGACAAGGACAGGGUCAAGGUCAAGGUCAAGGUCAAGGUCAAGGCGGAGGAAAUGGAGGUGGAAAUGGAAAUGGUGGUCAAGGCAAUGGUGGUGGAGAUGACAACGUUGAAGACCAUGACGAUGAAUUUGAGCAAACCGUCAUGACUUCAGAUGAAUCUCGCGCAAUCGAUGAUGCCCUUGUUGCAGAAGAGUUUGGCUGGGGUGUGACUGAGGCAGCAUCACACAUGAAAAUGCAAGAAGAGUUCAACAACUUUGUCACAACUCUCAUGGACGAUGUCUUUUUUGCGGAUGCCAUUUUGCCUGAAAGUCCUGGUGGCCGUCCCAAGCUUCUCUACAAGAACGGUAUCCCUCGUAACCGUGAGCCUGAUGUGACUGGUUUUGAGGCUGCUCACAACGUUCAAGUGGAACGGGUUGCAACAAGGUUUUCACGAAAGGAGCAGGAAAAUCGUGGCAAGAGAUUCCAGGGUCAGCUUCGCGGUAGGAACUUUGGGGAAGUAACCUUCUUCACUGUUGGAGACAAGCUUUUGAUUUCUGCUACAAAACCUCAAGGUGAUGACUCGAUUGCGACAACACCACCUGGAAGAGGCAACAUUCCUGUGGACCAAAUUGACGAAAAUGCAUUGGAAGCUUUGGGAUUGGACAGAGGCAACCCAGACGCGUAUGGUCUCCAACUAGAUGUCUAUGAAUCCGAUCAAGAACUGUCGACUGAUGAACAUACACUUGGAGGUACAAGGCUUUCUAGUCCUGGUGAUUGCACCACAGCAUUUCCAGUCAUUGAUAACAACGGACGACGAGGCUUUGUGACAGCGGAGCACUGUGGCACCAUGAGUACCUAUUAUGGGUAUCCUAAUCAAACCCCAUAUCCCGCGAACAAGCAGCGAGGGAUCUACAAUGGGGCUGGUGACAUGGCUUGGUACACGACUCCAUCCCAUGGUGUGUACCCCAAUUACUAUGCCAAUGUUGGAGAUAUUAGGGCCGUGGAUGGAUACCAGAGUUACAUUGCCGUCAACAGUGUUGCCUGCGUUUUCAGUCGCAGACAAAGCCGAAGAACGUGCAGGUAUGUGAUUACUAAUAGCUUCAGUUCGGGUGGAAUUGGAGAACAAAUUCUCGUGGAUCGGCACAUUACUGUGCCCGGAGACAGCGGGGGUCCAUGGUCCUACAACACUAUCGCUUAUGGAGUACAUGCUGGAACCGCCACAUACAAUGGAAUCACUGGCAGUCGUUUCUCAAAGGCCUCUCGUAUCCAGUACGGAUUGGGACAGUACCUUGGAGGAGGCUCCUACAGCUUGUAUCUGUUGACUACUUGA